AUGGAAAUAAUCACCCAAGAAAUCGUCAAACCUUCAUCUCCAACCCCCAAUUAUCUCAAAACUUUUAAGCUUUCGUUGCUCGAUCAACUCACCUUGCAUUCCUAUAUUCCAAUCUUGCUUUUAUAUGAAUCUGGAAGCUUAACCAAUACUGAUGUUCUGAAACAAACGUUAUCUGAAACGCUAACAAAGUACUACCCUUUUGCAGGUAGGCUUAGAAAAGAUGGUAUCACUGUUGAUUGUGGUGAUCAGGGAGUCGUUUUUGUGGAAGCAAAAAUUUCGGGUUGUGGGGUAGCCGAUUUCCUUCAAAACCCCAUGUACGAGACCCAAAAGUUAUUGUUUCCUGAAGGUUUCUUAUGGAAGGGAUCAUGCAUAGAUCAGAGUUUUCUUGCAGCUCAAAUAACAUCUUUUGAAGGUGGUGGAACUGCGGUUACUGUUUCCAUAUCGCAUAAGGUCGCAGACGGAACCACGAUUGCUACUUUUCUAAGUGACUGGGCUUCCAUGGCACGAGGCGAAGUGAGACCACUGCCGAUGAUACUUGCUAGAUCCAUUCCUUCUUCAGAUCUUGGAUACACAGUGCCUGAAAUCAUGUUGGACAAUAGUACGUCAUGUGUCACAAAAAGAUACGUUUUUGAUGCCAAAAAGAUCGCCGGAUUAAAAAACUCUGUGAUGGGAUUGGUGGAAAACCCCACAAAGGUCCAAGUCGUGACAGCGUAUCUUUACAAAUGCGCCAUUGCUGCUUCACUGGAGAAAACGGGUUAUUUUAAAAAAUCAACAUUGAUUCAGCUGGUUAACAUGCGACCACGAAUGAUGCCACAGUUGCCGGAAAAUUCUAUCGGAAACUUCAGUUGGUACUUCACAAUAUCAAACAGUGAUCAAAACGAAAGAAGUUUAAGCAGUUUGGUGCUUGAUUUGAAGGAAGGGAUCAAAGAAGUUUGCAAUGGUGGAGAUCAUCUUGAUUUGAGUGAUUGGUUGAUGAAUGUUAGCGAGUAUGCAGGUAGUGUGAAGCAGUUGUUUGAUGAUCUUGAUGUGUACAGGUGUACCAGUUUGUGCAGAAGACCUUUUUACAAGAUGGAUUUCGGAUGGGGAUACCCGAAAUGGGUGACUAUGGCAGAUGUGCAUGUGAAGAACACAUUCGUGUUGUUUGAUACACCAGAUGGAGAUGGAAUUGAAGCCAUGGUGAGUCUUGAAAAUGAUGACAUGAGACUAUUUCAAUGCAAUCAAUAUCUCCUACCUUGA